CCCGCGCCCCCGGUCAUGGAGAGUGGCGGCGGCGGCGGGAGGGGCCCGGCGGGGCAGGAGGAGCUGCCGCUCCGGUAGCCGGUGCCGCCCGGGGAGGAGGAGGGGGAGGAAGAGAGGGAGGCGGCAGCGGCGGCGGCAGUGCUGCUGCCGCCCGAGGCCGAGACGGACUGGAGCUUCGUUGACGGCGAGAUGGAGGCGGUGGCGCUGCGGGACCUGCCCACCGCCACCAUCGCCUGCAACCUGGACCCGCGCGUCUUCCAGGACGGCCCGUGCCGGGCCAAAUUUGAAUCGCUGUUUAGAACGUACGACAGAGAUAUCACCUUUCAGUAUUUUAAGAGCUUCAAAAGAGUACGAAUAAAUUUCAGUAACCCUUUAUCUGCAGCAGAUGCUAGAAUCCAGUUGCACAAGACGGAGUUCCUUGGAAAGGAAAUAAAACUCUAUUUUGCUCAGACUUUGCACAUUGGAAGCUCACAUUUGGCACCACCAAAUCCAGACAAACAGUUUUUGAUUUCACCUCCUGCCUCUCCACCUGUUGAUUGGAAGCAAGUAGAAGAUGCUACUCCAGUCAUUAACUAUGACCUUUUAUAUGCUAUCUCCAAGUUAGGCCCAGGAGAAAAGUAUGAGCUACAUGCUGCAACUGACACUACUCCUAGUGUUGUCGUCCAUGUAUGUGAGAGCGACCAGGAAAACGAUGUGGAAGAAGAAACAAAGAAGCCCAAACCAAAAAUUAUUCAGACGAGAAGGCCAGAUUAUACUCCUACCCAUUUAAGUUGAACUGCUGUUGUUUUUCCAAGGGUUACAAGUAGGCAUAUGCAAGGGAAACAUUUACUGUGUAAACAGCAGGUCACAGGUUUGGUGGCAACAGCAGCAGUUAUAGUAGGAGAAAUUCCAAUAUAAGUUUGCUCAGAAAAAAUACAGGAAGUUUCAUCCUUAUUUUUGAUGCUGCGGGUUGAUGGAUGUCGUGAGUAUGUUAUUCCCAGAUCACUGGGAACGGAAGAUAGGCAGAAGAUGACAUUUUGAAACAUAACAGGACAAACUGGGUGGUUUGUUUUGUUUUUUUUGGGGGGGGUGGGGGGGGGGGCGGGGCAGGGGCAGGGCAGUACUGUAGGUUGUUCCAUUAUAAAGCAACUGGGGGAAGCUUUCUUUGUUCUGACUCACGUAAAUCCUCAAAUUAAUAGGCUAGUCAUUGUGUGGAGUACAUAGCGAUAACAGAGGUGGUUUUAAAGAUUAAAGUAUGGGAAUUGUAAACCUUUUUCUUAUAAUAGAUUUUGUGCAUGUGUAUUCUUGGUCUUCUAAAGUAACUUUGCAUUAUUUUCUAUAGUUUCUCACAUGUUUCUGGAAAUCUGGGAAAUUGUUUAAAGUAUUUAUUAUCUCAGCAUCCCAGACUUAAUACUAGAUGUGUAUAUACAUAUAUAUUUAUAUUUGUUUUUAUCGGCACUCAUUUUCCAGCAGGCAUACAACUUCUUCGGCACCUUAUUUUGGUGCUAUGUAACUUGUGCUUUUAAAAUUUUAACCUUUUAAAUGCCUGUCUAGGGUUUUAUCUGGCAAAGUAAUGGAAAAAUGUGCAAUAGGAAAGAUGUUUAAACAAGUUAAUUUUAAAUUAUUUAAGUUUAAAUAAUUUGUAUCUUCAGUAACAUUUGUUCAGUAGCUUUGACUUUCUCAUUUGGAAAAAAAAAAAAAAAGAAAAGUACUCCUAAGUGUAUAAAUAAAGCUAAUGUUGCAUAUUCACAACAAUGUAAUUUUUCAGUGAAAAAAAUGGUAAUGGAAGGACAUGAACUCUAAUAUGUGAAACUGCACUGUUGUGAGCAAAGGUUAACUGAUUGAAAAAUUGCACACAGCGUGUAGAACAGCAAAGAGAGAUGGAGUGCCUUUUCCUCGAUCAUUCCUGAUGUGAACUGUUCUACAAGCUGCACACUUGUAUUUUUUUUCUACUGGCUUUGUAUGUCCAUAAAUAUAAACUUUCUUAGCUUUGCUUCCAAAAUAAGCUGGUAUUUAGAAAUGCUUAAUGCCAAGUAAUGAUACAUACUGAAGUAAUGGGUAUAUGUGGGAGAAACUUUAGGGGUUUUUACAUGUUAGUGGUUAAAGACAGUAGCUCAUGACAUACAAGUUUAGAGGAAGAAAGAUGACAGAAGUGUAUUUUAUUACUUGUUUUUUAAAAUGGAGAUCCUCACUCUGACAUAGGUUUCAGUAUUUUUUUUAAGAGACAGUAACUGAUAUCUGUGGGAAAAUAUCACUUAGUUUUAGAAAGGGGAUGUUAGAAGCUUCUCAACGUGUUUUUUGGAAACUGGAGCAUGGUUCUCUCUUGGUUUGCUUUUGCCACAGUUGGUCUGAAAAUUAGUUUUGUAGCUCGAGUUAAUAUAAAGAAAUCCAUUCUGUGCCAUCUGAAGCAAACGUUAAAUGCCCAGGUUCACACCUUGUUUUUUAAAUAAAUAAUAUAUAUUUUAAGAAGUAAGAUGUAUAAUGAAACCAUCCCAAGUUGUGGAGCAGUGUAAGCACAGUGUUACUGAAGGCCUAUCAUUAUACUAAGCAAAUUAGAAAUUGAUAUCCUGUGACUACAGAGAACAGGAACGUGAAGUGAACUUUAGUAAUACUUGCAGUUAUGGUCUUGUUUCCAUUGGUAUGCCCCCUAAACUGAAACAAACACUAGUGGUUGGUGUCUGUCUUGGACCUAACUCAAGUGGCACUCUCUCCGUGUUAACAGUGUUAAGAAGAGCUAAUGCUGUGUAUUGCUGGAGCAGUGUUUUAUGGACAUGAGGGUGCAUGAGGCUGUCUUGUGUCAUUAAGGUGUAACAAACAGCUGGAUACGUGUACUGCUUAUUAACACACAAAAUAAAUAAAGUGGAGAGAAACUUUGUAGGUUUGUCACAACUGCCUUUAAGACUUUCUAAGAUUUUUUUUCCAUGUUUCUCAGCUUACUGCUGGACUUAAUGUUUCGCUGCAUUCAGGUUAAAAUUGUUGGAAUAAUUCCUGUUCUGUCCUUUUUCCAUCUUUCAGUUAUCACCAAUCAAAGCAUUAGUUUUGCAUUAGAAACCCAGGUAGUUGCUGUUCUGUUUCCUAGCAAUCCUAAGAAAGCAGUGCUACCUUUCAAAUAAAAAGAACAGAAUGUUAAAUACCAAUAUGGUUUUUGACAUUUUAGUACACUGACAUCUGCCUGGUAAGGUGGGCACUAGAAACCAUGGAAAUCUUGGGAUGGUUACAAUGUAUUUCCCUUUCUGAUGGUAUUUGUAAACAAGGGUUGUGAGAUGGUAAUUUGCCUGUGUUUCUGGUUGUAUAUCCUGGCUUGUGCCACCUUCUGUUAUCAUUACUACAGUGUGCUGCUUGCUUUUUCCUGUUCUGGGUUUGGCUUUUUUUUUAAUGUUUAAAUGAAUGCUUAGUUGGUAUUUUAUACAGUUGUAUAGUAUGGGGCAUAUUUAAAUUAAAAUAUUUUGUUGUCUUCUUAUAAAUGUUGUGGUAUUUAUGCAUGAAACUAGUUGAAGAUUUUUGCGCCAAAAUCCGAACUUUAAGCUUCCAAACACUUCUGAUUUGAAAAAGAAAAGAAUAUUGUCUCAGGCCACAUCCUUGCCAACCAAAUUAAUUUAUUCAGAGAAAAGCUUUCCAGCCUUCUCCUAAGAGACUUGCAUGAUCCCAAUCAAAGUAUGAGAGUCUACUAAUGAAUAAAAUACAGUCCAGAAUAUUCCAUUUAAAAACUGA